AUGGUACAUAACGUCCUAUUUGAUCCCCCCAUUCCAGAAGGUCAAAGAAUUGAUGUUGGUAAUAACACAAUUGUCGAUAAUAUUUACAGCAUAUAUAACCUAUCAGCUUUCAAGAAUCUUUUCAGAUUAUAUUUUGGGUUUCUAUUGAUUCAAUAUAUAUUAGUAUAUGCAUCUGUUCCUUUGGAAGAUAUUGAAAAUCGACCUCCUAUUUGUGUUGUCACUUGUUUAUAUACUUUGAUCAUGUUUGUCGUGAAUUGUCUGAUUCUCCCGUUGUGUUCAAGUACUAUCCCCACAUUACUUUCCCUUCGAUGCAUAUUUGGUUCAUUUAUUCUUGAAUUAAUAACGUUAGUUUUCAAUAUCGUUGCUGUUGUCCAGAGUUUGAAUGCUGGGGAGAUGUUUCAGGUUGAAAAGAGGAAUCCUGGAGGGAUUGUCCAGACUAGAGUGGAUACAUAUAUUAAUGUGUUUAAUAUAUUAGCAAUGGGUGUUACAACAUUGGCUACCACGAGUGUAUUUAUGUUGUUUAUCAUUUGUUCAAAAGCUUUGGAGUAUAUAGCUAAUAAAGUUGAUAGAAGAGUGAUUAAGAAUUUAAAUGAAUCUUCUCAAAGUUCAAUGGAAGAAUAUAUGACUUUACAAGGGAAGUAUUAUCUGUUGUAA